AUGGAAGUUGAAAACAUGACGGUAAUGAUGAGUAACCUCAUGAAGAAUCUCAACAAUAAUAUCUCUCUUGAAAUUUUAAUGAAGCAUCUAAACAAUGAUAUGAGUGUUGAAAUUUUUAAAUAUUUAGAUAUCUUUGAAUCAUCUUCAGCUAUUGAUCGAUUUUGCAAAGCAUGGUACAAAGCUAGCGAGGAGGAUUGGCAAACACUUGAUUUCUCGAUGUUGAAAUCUGAUUAUAUCAAAACUCAUGCUGCGCCGCGUGUUUGGGUAAAUUCUCGCUUUGACAAUGAUUUAUACAAUUUGUUGUUUGCUGCAUUGAAUUCCAGUCAUGGAAAUAUCAAGACUUUGAUUUUUCAUUACAAUUUGUAUCUCACCGAUGAUCAAUUCAUGUACACAGCUAAAAGAUGUCCGCUUGUAAAACGAUUAGUUUUUGUGUCAUGGAAUAGAAUAAAGAAAAUGACGAUUAAAAAAGCUAUUAGAGGAUGGAAAGAUCUAGAAUCAAUGACAAUGCCUAGUAUAAGAGAUCCAAAAUAUGUAUUUGAAGAAAUUUCAAAGAAUUGCAAGAAUUUCAAAGAGUUAAAGAUUAUGGGACGUUUACAUAUGGAGUUUGCUUCUGCAAUCACUGAGCAUCUUCCAAACUUAAAGAUAUUAAGUAUUCGAUGUUCAGAUUUGGAUAUGGAAGCUCUUGUUUUAAUUUUAGAUAAACUUGAAGGUUUACAAGUGCUCAAUAUUUCACAUUCUUGUUUUGUGAAGACGAAUAAUUUUGAGCGUGAAGAGUAUAAAUUUAUCAAUGAGAUUGACCUUACUACUAUAAGUGAAAAGGCUUCAAGGUUGUGUGAGUUUCUCAUAUGCAAGAAACAAACAUCAUGCAUCAUGUGUCAUAGAACAAAAAAUGAUUGUGGAUUUCCUAGGUGGUACAUGUACGAGGAAGGAAUUUGGAAAGAUGAUGAAGUUAACUCUCUUGCCAUUUGA